UCAGCCACAGCGUGGUGAACAGCCAACCUUGGAGACCGGGACACGACUCAGUUUAGAUGACCACCAUUUGUGAGGUGAGGCUUCGCAGUUUUUCUGGAUCCCGACGAAUUUUCGGAAACUCGCUAGUCUUUGACCUUUGCUAAGUAAUUCAUUCCCAAGUAAGGCUGGUCUGACCACACCGGCGCUGGUCUGACCAAGCGCCGGCCGCGUGUUCACGGUCUCCAUGACAACACCUCGGGUGUCUGUGCGGCUUGGUCUCGCGAUAAGACGGGUUUAAAUCCGGAGAAUUGCGCAUGCGUUUUGCCCACACGGCAUCUGAACUCGGAGGCUUCCGUAGAGGGAGGGAGCAAGAUGGCGGCGGCAAUACUGGGUCGUUUGGGUGCGUUAUGGAUGCAGAAUCUGAGGAGGAAGCUGGCCUUGGGGCUUUUUUCAUCUCACAGCGUUUUACCCCAAUCACAUAUUCACACAAGUGCUUCUCUUGAAAUAUCUCGAAAAUGGGAGAAGAAGAAUAAAAUUGUUUAUCCUCCACAACUGCCUGGAGAACCUCGGAGGCCAGCUGAAAUCUACCAUUGUCGAAGACAAAUAAAGUACAGCAAAGACAAGAUGUGGUAUUUGGCAAAAUUGAUACGAGGAAUGUCCAUUGACCAGGCUCUGGCUCAGUUGGAAUUCAGUGACAAAAAAGGGGCCCAGAUAAUUAAAGAGGUUCUCUUAGAAGCACAAGAUAUGGCAGUGAGAGACCACAAUGUGGAAUUCAGAUCCAAUUUAUAUAUAGCUGAGUCCACCUCAGGGCGAGGCCAGUACCUGAAACGCAUCCGAUACCAUGGCAGAGGUCGCUUUGGGAUUAUGGAGAAGGUUUUUUGCCAUUAUUUUGUGAAGUUGGUGGAAGGCCCUCCACCUCCACCUGAGGCACCAAAGACAGCAAUCGCCCACGCCAAAGAGUAUAUCCAGGAGCUUCGCAACCGGACCAUCAUUCACACUCUAUGAUGGGGGUAUUAAGGCUCCACAGUGUAUAUAUUUUACCAUUUAUUUCCUAAAACCAACAAAAAUUAAAGACAGAUGCUUUUUAUGA